ACAUAAGGCUGUUUCAGAUUUCCCUAGUGCACAGCUGCCACUCGCCUAGAAGCGGAAAAUCCUUCCCUGAUAAAAACCUUAGCACUUUGCAUAAGUCGAACGUGAUGUACAAAUUCUACGUUCUACUACGAGCCGUCGCACCCAGACACGUUUCACAUUUCAUCAUCUCGUCGGGAGGAAAGCAUUAAAGAGGGUUGGGUUGGGGCAUUAGGCAAAUCCCGAACACUGUUCGAUGAGAUACUUUUGCGGCUUGGCCUGAAACUUCCGCUCACUGCGCUGUACCGCCUCUACGGUAUACGUUCCGAAUCCUUAGCGCAUAGCGAUUCAGAUGGCACCUCCGGGUUUUGCGUUCAUCCCCCGAAAUCUAUCCAAGGAUAGGAAACAGCAAGGCACCUCCGCUCAGGUACCCUCGUCACAUAGGUUUGAACCAACACUUGCUAUUGAAAGAGAGCCAGCGUACCCGGGACCGUCCGUGAUUGGCAAAGGGAAAGGCAAAGCGCCUGAACCGACACCGUCAGCAAAACCAGUCUACAAUGAGAAAGAUAUAUCCAUUCUUGUUGUUCUCGCGUUCUCGGACCAUGCUCUUUGGAUUGACUCAGAUUUGAGGAGAAAAACCGAAGAAUCUCUUCAGAACGAGGAGCAUGAUGCUGGAUUUUUACCUCUCAACUACUUGAUGCGUCGCGCUUUUGUCAGGGAGAACUUGGGCCAAGAACAUAUGCCAACUGAAGCAAACGUGGUUAAGGCAAUCCGGACCUACGCUGGCGACAUGCUGGAUGUUAGAAUGCUUGUAUCCGCCCCAUCUUCGUCUGCAUGGUACCCUUCCUGGAAGACGGAGAGGAACUCAGUUGGUGGUUAUGAGGUACGGAGGAAGGACUGGCCAACGUUGUUGGAUAAUGCGACUCGUGAAUUCACUCGGGGCCAGUGGGAUGAUCGUACUAUUUACAUGGAAAAUAUACCUCCGCAAUAUCACACAAUACCUGGUAUCAUCCGAUUUACGCAAGAGUUACUGUCUCAAUGUCCUGGAUUACAAACCCCGAUUCCAAUUCAAAAUGUCACGCUUCCCCCACAUCACUUGGACAAAUCCGAGGACCGUCCAAAAUGCAAAGGAUUCGCACUCGUUACACUAUCUAACGCAGAGUCAUGUCGUGCGUUUCUCGAAACAUGGCCUUGGAAACGGUCAAUCCAAUCGUCCAAGUCAGACGACUUUGGUGUUGCUGAAGAUAGCUUGGAGACAAAGGAAGCUUCGAAGUUCGGUUUUCGGACUCUACCGAAAGCGCAUUGGGAUAAAUUGAACGAGGAGUAUCUUGCUUACCGCCAGAAAUUAAUCGAAGAGCUCGCGGAUGCCAAUGAAUUCCCAGAUAUCAAAGCUGGCUCCGAUGUACGAAGCACCCCCUGUGAGGUUUUAGAGGACAGCAUCCCUGUCCCACCUAAGAACAUGACAACUAUGUCCUCACCGUACCCCUUUGGCUGUCUCGUCUUUGCCCGAAAUCUUCACCUCGAAACAAACAAGACCACACUUCGAGCCCUGUUCAGUGCUGCGUUCAAGUCCCCUCUAGAUCCCGCCGGUAUUGACUACGUCGAUUUCAACAAAGGGAUGGACUCCUGCUAUCUUCGGCUUGCCUCGCCUGAGCAUGCCUGUGCUCUAGUUGACUACUUCUUUGGUCAAGCCAUCAUGCAGUCUCACGGUCUUGACGACAUGGGCAAGAAUCCUGCAACAUCCCAGAAGGCAAUAAUUAUGGAGAUCAUUGCAGGCAAGAAGGAGGAAGUCUAUUGGGAAAAAGUUCCGGAGAAAGUCAGGCGACAGGCGGUGGAAAAAGCGGUCAAGGGUCUUCGUGGCAAUGAGCCAUCGGUUCCCGCGCGCAAUAUGCAAGAGCAUUCCGAGGAAAACGGGCCGCGGAAAAAGAGGAAAUGUGGGUAACCACUCGGCAGAUUCUGCGGCGCAUCAACGUCACCAGCUCAGGCUGCAAAGUUGGCAGCAUUGAUGAAAUAUACUGGAAAAGUUACGCAUCCGACA